AUGAAUGAUACCAAGAAUGGACAACUCGUUGCUGGUGGCAAUGACCGAGGAAAUCGAUUGGAUCAAUUCAAUUGGCCAACAAAAGUGUUGAUCGACAAAGAGACGAAGAGUCUCAUAAUAUCUGAUCCAGGGAAUCGGCGAGUUGUACGAUGGUCUCGUUGUAGUGGUACAACUGAAGGUGAAAUACUCAUUGACAACAUUCGUUGUUGGGGAUUGGCCAUGGAUGAUCAGAGAAAUCUCUACAUCUCUGACGACGAAAAACAUGGAGUCAUACGAUAUCAAAUAGAAGAAGACAAAGAAGGAACUCUCGUCGCUGGUGGUAACGGCAGAGGUGCUAAUCUCAAUCAACUGGACUGGCCGACGUUCGUCUUUGUCGAUCAAGAACAGACUGUCUAUGUGUCAGACUGGGCGAACCAUCGUGUAAUGAAAUGGAAUAAAGGUGCAAAAGAAGGUAUUGUCAUCGCUGGAGGUCAAGGCAAUGGGGAGUCUCUGACACAACUACACCAUCCUGAAGGACUAUUCGUCGAUACCUCGGGUACUCUCUACGUGGCUGAUUCGUGGAAUGAUCGAGUGAUGGGCUGGCCUCGAGGUGCGAAACAGGGCACUGUUAUUGUGGGUGGAAAUGGGGAAGGAGAAAGAGCAAAUCAGUUCAACGGCCCUCGAGGUUUGUCCUUCGAUUGUCAUGGUAAUCUAUAUGUCGCCGAUUGGGGAAAUGGUCGUGUUCAACGAUUUUCUUUGAAAUAG